AUGUCGAUGAAGGUGCUCAUCAAUGAUCAUCCUCAUCGCACUCUGGCCAUCGCCACCGACACCCAUGCCCUCUUCUUCCGUCACACUCACUCCGCCGACGAGUCCAAAAGUCCGAGCUCCACCAGUCUUCCCCUGCCCAGUGCCGCUCCAGCGAAAUCGAUCCCACGAUGCAUGGUCGAGUUCUCGGAGCUGUCAAACUUCGACCUCUCUCAGCACCGCAACGUUGCGGCUGCGAGGGGCACACUUGGCGUCAUCACCUUGAACAGUGAUGUCUUCAUUUGCGUCGUCACAGGAUCCGUCGAGGUCGCCAAGGUGAGGCCUGGCGAAACAGUGCAGCGUAUCUACUCGGUCGAGUUCUACUGCCUGAACAGGAACGACUACGACCACAGCCACGGCCAUCUGCCAAAUCCUUAUCCAGGCCAGGAAUUUGCGUCCGAAGAAUUCGAGUAUGGCAGCGGACUCGAUACUAGCGACACACUUGCGGAACAUCCGUUCCAUGCUCUGCAAAAGCUACUUAGUGGUGGCAACUUCUACUAUAGUGUCGACUUUGAUCUGACCAGGCGUCUGCAAGACCGCGUCGAAGAUACGAGCCUUGAUAUCGCAACCCUGGAUGAAGGUUUGCUAUGGAACUCGUACAUGAUCAAUCCGCUCUUGCAGUUUCGGGCUCGACUCACGCAUCAUGAGAAGGAUGCGCUGGACGGGUCUCGAAUCCUCACCUCCGUCAUCCGAGGCUUUGCCCGCACCCUUACUGUCCCUCCGUCUUCAUCACCCAUCAGACGGAAGGUUUCGAACAUGCCCGCUUCACUUACAGUCGUAUCCAGACUGUCCUCAAGGAGGGCUGGAACCCGUUUCAACUCUCGUGGAAUCGAUGAUAAUGGAAACGUCGCAAAUUUCGUCGAGACUGAAACCAUCUUCUGGUCUCCGACCGGCCUCUGCUUCUCGUAUGUGCAAGUCAGAGGAUCAGUACCGCUGUUCUGGGAAUCCUCCUCUUCUCUGAUUCCCGGUCAACAGAAGAUUCAAAUCACUCGGUCGCCUGAAGCUACUCAACCCAGUUUUGACAAGCAUUUCGCUGGACUUGAGAAUAACUACGGUGCCAUUCACAUCGUGAAUCUGCUCAGUGCCUCGAAGCCAGGUGAGCAUGAGCUGACUCAACGGUAUAGAGAGCAUGUUCGUCGUAGUCCUCUUCGACGGAGUGACCCGAACGAAUUCGAGGACCACAACCUGCUCCGAUCAACAGAGUUCGACUUCCAUGAACACGCCAGAGGUCAAGGCUAUGACGUGACCCAGGCCUUCCGACCGUAUGUCGACUUGUCCGCCGAGUCAUUUGUGUACUUUCUGUCCGAGGAGCUGGAAGAAUGGACCACCUCCAAGGGCAAGCCAAAAAAGGUCAGUCGAGCCGCCGUGAUCAUGCAGCAAAACGGUGUAUUCCGCGUCAACUGCCUGGACUGUCUUGACCGCACGAAUCUGGUGCAAGGCAUGAUUUCGAGGAUGUCGCUAGAAUUGUUUCUCAGUCAUCGCUCGGAAAGAGCCAACAGUGAUUUUUGGAUGCGGCACGAUACCUUGUGGGCAGAUAACGGCGAUGCGCUCAGCAAAAUCUACGCCGGUACUGGCGCUCUGAAGAGCAGUUUCACUCGCCAUGGGAAAAUGAGUCUCGGUGGAGCACUCGCGGACGUUCGAAAGUCUGCAACGCGACUAUAUGUCAACCACUUUGAGGACAAGGGCCGUCAGAAUACUGUUGAUCUGCUGCUUGGCAGACUAGUGGGUCAGUCUUCUGUCGACCUCUUCGAUCCUAUCAACGACUGGGUUGUAAAUGAGCUUAGCAAGCGACGUGGCGAAUUCGAGUCUCGUUCGCAAGUAAAGGUCUUUGUCGGCACCUUCAAUCUCAACGGCAAGACCGGAGGUACUCGAGAGGAGCUCUCAGCAUGGCUCAAGCCGGGACCAGACUUUGACAUUGUCGUUGUGGGAUUUCAAGAGAUUGUCGACCUGUCUCCGCAGCAGAUCAUGAGCACAGAUCCGAAUCGACGUAUGGUCUGGGAGUCAGUUGUGCGCGGUUGCCUGAAUGGACACACCUCUGAGAAGCCGUUGCAAGCCGACGGCGAUGAGUAUGUGCUGCUUCGCUCGGGUCAGCUUGUUGGGGCGGCUCUGCUCAUCUUUGUCCGCGCACACAUGCUCGACCGUGUCAAGAACGUUGAAGGGGCUAUCAAGAAGACGGGCAUGUCCGGUAUCGCCGGCAACAAAGGCGCGGUAGCCUGUCGCAUGGAGAUCGACUCUACAUCAGUCUGCUUCGUGACAGCCCAUUUGGCAGCAGGUUUCGGAAACUACGAUGAGCGCAAUCGCGACUACAACACCAUCACAUCAGGCCUCCACUUCCAGCGGGAGCGACACAUCGAUGAUCACGAAGUUAUCGUUUGGGCUGGCGACUUCAACUACCGCAUUGGUCUCAGCUAUGAGAAUGCCAAGAGCCUGGUGCAGCAAGCAAUCAAAAGCCAGGGUUCAAAGAGAGAGGAUGCCUUGGGAUCGCUGUACGAGAACGACCAACUAAAUAUCCAGAUGGUGGCUGGCAACUGCUUUGAUUUCUACCGUGAAGGAAAAGUGGACUUUCUGCCAACUUACAAAUACGACAUUGGCAAGGAUGACUUCGAUUCGAGCGAGAAAGCACGUAUACCGGCGUGGACUGACAGAAUAUUAUACAAGGUGAAUCACCGACACAGCAUGAGCGGUGGGCAGGGCGAGGAGCUUGGCACCAAAGUCCGACUGGACAGGUACGAUUCUGUACAGCACAUUCGGAUCAGUGAUCACCGGCCGGUGUUUGCAACGUUUGAGAUCGGUGUUCGAGUGAUUGAUGAGACCAAGAAAGAUGCGCUCACGCAUAAACUGUACAUGAAGCGAGCAAGAGAGGUGAAGGCUGCCAUGCAUGCUGAGGACUACGAAGAUGAUUCAUCCGACAUCGAUGACGUGGUAGGCUACGAAGCUAUCCAGGAAGGCCUCCCACCUGCCAGCAGUGACCGGCGAAAAUGGUGGCUUGACGGCGACAAAGCCGUAAGGGCUGGCGUGCAGCCGCCGGAGAAGGGCAUGAUGCUCAACCCAAAACGGAAGAGCAACCCGUGGAGGCCGUCUGAUGGCGUUGACGAGGAGGACGAGUGGGUCAAGGUGGACAAACUCAACUUGAGUGACAGCGCCGGCACGAGUGGGAAGAAUAGUCCGCGGCAGAAACCACAACCACCCCCACCUCGGAGUGCUAGUUCUGCCAGCCAAAGGACAGUGUCUGGGAGUGUAGGUGGCCUGAGAGGAGGAAACGACAGCGUGAAGCCGGAACCGCCACCUGCUAGGAAGAGAAUGGUAGCUCCGGCAUGGGAAGGUGAGAGGAUGGCGAGUCCAUCUCCGUUGUUACCUGCACGAAGCGCCUCGAACGGAACAACUGCAAGCCACGCGGUGUCUACAAAGACCCCACCUCCCCCACCGGCUCCCAGGAAUCCAACCCCGACGCCUACCUCACAAACGUCCGCAAUGGCAGACCGAGCCCGCAGCGCCUCCUCCGCCUCGGUCAACAGCACGACCUCAUCUCAGGUGACGAAGCGCCCACCGCCCAAACCCACGAAACCCUCUGCCCUCGCCUCAAUGAGCACCGGCUCCUCCACCAGCUCGGUCCCGCAGGUCAGCAGCCAGCUCGAUAGAUCCGUCUCGUCCGCGUCGACAGGUACAGUGCUGACAAAGGGGAAGCCUGUGCCCUCGCCUCCCGCCAGCAGGAGCGUCACGACCGGUUCGGCCAUGGGUCCGGCUGUGCCGACCAGGAGGAAGCCUGUGUCAGGCUUCGUCAGUGGCGAUGCCGGUGAUGCCGGUGGCGCGGCCGGUGAGGAAACAACUCCGCCACCGCCUCUUCCAGCUAGGACUGCCACGUCUUCAAUCCUGGGCAUCACCACCGGAGAGGACAAUGGUGUUGAUGCCAACGAUGGCCCGCUACCGCUACACCCACCAGCGAAGCCGCUCGUCAAGCAAAGGAAAGGCAGCCAGUUGCAAAGCCCGACAAGUCCGCUUGGUGGCUUGCCGGGCGGUUGGUCUUCAUGGGGGUCCGCAAGUGGUGGUCACAGUGGUGGUGGUGUGGGGCAGGGGCCAUUGAAGGAAAUGGAUCCUAUGCCGAUCCAGGAUACCGGUGGGGAAGACAGGCCGGGGUUGCCGCCUCGACGAGGCAUGGGCUCGGGCGCAGGUGCCGGCACGGGUGGAGCGAGAGCGGAUGCGAGUGGGUUGAUGGAUAUGGAUGUUGAUGAUGGGGACGGUGGUGGAUUGGGGAGCUGGGAGGUGUUGAAGCCGAAGUCAGGGUAA